AUGGAUGCCGAAAAGGGACCUGCUACUCAGCAAAGAGCUGGACCGAUGGAUUCUAAAAGUUAUUAUUUCAAAACGUUUAAUAGUUCACUGAACAUAAUAUGCCAUACUUUAAUAGGAAUAGUGGUGGGUGUCAUAUUAACCUAUGCAUUUAAUUUGCCUUCUGGAAAAACCAAGGACCACAUCAUUUUAUGUGUGCUUGGGUACCAACUCUUGAUGGCUCAAGCCAUUCUAAGUCUUUCCCCCCACAAUGGUUGGUCAGCCCACUUGAAACUUGUAGACAAGAAGCGUGCUCAUUGGAUCCUGCAAGUUGUUGGAUCUGUACUGGCUAUCGUAGGCAGCUUCAUUAAAAUCAUUGACAAGAACAUUCAUUGGAAUACUAAUCACGGAAUCUUUGCGUUGAUAGCUCUAGUCUUCACAACAAUAAGUCUUGUCAAUGGACUGACGUCGCUCUAUGCCUACGAGUUCCGACGAUUCCUGCCAUCAAACCUGUCGAAGCUGACUCACAUCUGUGCUGGUACGAUAGCCUUUUUGGCUGCUUGCAUCAGCCUCUCUUUCGGAAUCGACAAGGGCAUGUUCACAGGAUGGGCUGGUAGCACCUUGUCCAACGUCCUCAUCGGAUUCAACGCUUUCUUCACAUUCGUCAUCAUAGCCACUCCUCUUAUUAACUUCUUCACCAAACUGAAGAAUAUUUAA